CUCUUUAAUUCACACUUCUUUUUGUCGCUAUAAGCAAUUCUCUAGUGUCUUUUCCACCCCGCAAAAGAUCCAAAGAAACCCAUCAAUGAUCAGCACUUAAAUAUUGACAUUUGAUCAUACACCUUAAAGCAGAAUAUCAGAUAGAAAUAGCACCACCGCAAUGGCACCAAGAAGGAUUGAAAUGCAGCUGAGCACGUUCCUUCUUGUGGUGGUGGCUCUUUGUGUAUCCACCACAGUGGCUCAAUCUCAAUCACCUGAAUCAAGUGCUUGCACCGAUGUGCUCAUAAGCCUCUCUCCCUGCCUUGACUACAUAACAGGAAGUGCCUCCACCCCUUCUUCUGGUUGCUGCUCACAACUUUCCUUUGUGGUGAAGUCACAGCCACAGUGUCUUUGUGAAGUUGUUAAUGGUGGUGCCUCUUCUAUUGCUGCUAGUCUCAACAUCAAUCAGACUCAGGCUUUGACACUCCCUAGUGCUUGUAACGUGCAGACACCUCCUAUUACCACCACCUGCACUGGCUCAGCUUCUUCUUCAACAUCCCCAACAGGUGUUUCUGUUUCCAACUUCCCAAAUUCCCCAUCAGGAUCUAGUACUGUUUCAUCAUGGACAGGAGGCAGUGGAAUUGUCAGGGGAUCAUAUCAUGAAAAUUCAAGCUCCACAAAGUUACAAUGUUCUUUGCUUGUUCUGUUUCUCUUUGCAACGACUUUGAUUUUCAACUUCAUGAUCACCACCUAGGCUUCAUCGCUGCACAUAUGUAAUUAAAAAACUUAUUAUAUUAUCUGAAUUUAUAGCUUCUAGCUCA